AUGUUCAGCGAAUGUGGCGCUGCCCCGGAUGUAACCUUCCUCACGAUGUCUUUCCAUCGAGUUAUUCAUGUUGGUGUGAGAAGGAGGUCGAUCCUCGCCCGUUACCUGGAAUCCCUCCUCACUCCUGUGGACAAACAUGCUCUCGAAGUCGAAAAAGGUGCCCUCAUCCUUGCGAUUCGACCUGUCACGCCGGGCCCUGUCCACCAUGUACCGCUAUGGGCCCAACACAAGACUGUUUUUGCGGAAAGAAUUCAACGACGAAGCGAUGUCUCGACACCGAUUACACUAACGGUUGGAGCUGUGGAGAGAUUUGUGGCGAUUUGCUCCCUUGCGGUAAACACACAUGUCCGCGACCUUGUCACGAAGGUCUUUGCGGAUCUUGCGAAGAAAAAGUUGACGCCCGUUGCUACUGCGGGAAAGUCGAGAAUCAGAUUUUGUGUAGCGCCACCGAAGAGGAAAUAA